UUUUAAAUUUUCAAGAGCUUAAGUUAAAAUUGCAACUUUGAAUGAAAGAUUUUGCUGACAACAUUAAUUUUACUUAAAAUGUUAUUUUUUCCAUUAUUAUUUGGCACAAAUUUAAAUGAAUGUGUUGCCUGAAAUCUACUGUCCAUAUCUUUAUUUAAAUCAUAUGCAAUGUUUUGUAAAGUGAAAAAUUUCUGUAGUCUACAAUUUCAAGGGACUAAUUUCCUCAAUUCUCUAAUUUUUUAUAACCAACAGUUGUCACAACAUUUAUUAUUAUAGUUAGUACUUUAAAGUCAGUACGGUGCCUUUUAUUAACUGGUGCCGCUGUGCAAUGACCAGCCUGCAUACCUAUUUGCACUGGUCCUGAGACUACCUAAUUUAAAUUUGCCUGGGAGCCAUGAAACUAUAAUCCGCCACUGAGUAUGAUAUUCUGAGUGGUUAGUUAUCGGAUAAUGUUGGUGUUGGUUGGUUAUUUGUGGUGUAUCCAGUGUGGUGAGAAGUUUGAAGAUUUAAAAGUCACAUGAUUUGUUGAUAAGAGAGUGGUUUGAAAUGUAAAAUUGAACAUUUACAAAUUCAUACAUGGUAGAGGAGUCUUCUUAAAUACUUGUAGAGAAAAUCCGUCCAGAGUAUUCCUUAGCGUUUUAUGAGAAUGGGGCUACAUAGGCAACUGCUAUAUCACAGGUUGACUAUAUCAUUUUCAUACAAAAGUAUUUAUAAAUGUUUAUUUUCAUCAAGUGAUCAUAAUACAAAAUAAAUUCCAAAUUAAAAUUUUUUGUUGUUUCUCAAAAUCAGUCUGCAUACUAGGUCUAUAAUUUUUGAUUUUACAGACCUAGUAUGCAGGCUGCUAGUAUGACCAAAACUGAAAAGUACAUAUAUUUCAGUAUAUGCUAGAACAAACAGAUGCUAUAAGAAAGUUCUAGAACCAAUUAUGUUCAUUCUAACAUAGGCCACUGUUCAUUAAAAUAAAUAUAAAAUCAAGAACUUAAUAAUUUAAUUAUUUUUUUGCUCUUUCUGCCCUACAAGCACUAAGACCUUUUUCCACUACCUAGGGCUGAUCUGAAGAAAAGCAGGGCUUGGUGCAAGAUUCUCACAUGGGGCCUUGUGGAAAGUCAAGUAAAAUGCUUUUUUUUUUUUUGACAGUUAACUACAUUUUAAAAUGAGAUUAUUAUAAGAAUAAAAAAGACACACAAAUGAUUUUUUAUUUAUAUGUAAAUAAAUAUUUAUGCUCGUUUCAUUUACCUUUCAUUUAUAUCUGUUUUAUAAAUUUAUUUCAAAUUAUAUAGAACUUGGGUAAGUGCAGGGCUAUGUGCCAGUGCACCAUUUGCACUGCCCUUAGGCUAGCCCUAUUGCUUGGCCGUAAUAGGGUGGCUGGGUGGUGAGGAGGGACCUGACAUAAGACAACAUAAAAAAUUCCUGGUGAGCUGCUUGCCUGGGUUCAAUCAACAACACCUAUAACUGAAGACCUCGGGACUACAUAGCAAAAGAUGCAUGACAUCAUCAAGAGUUGGCCAAGUAGUCACCAUUUCAUCAUUGUCAUUCAUACAAGUUCUUCAUAUAUUUAGUACUUUUAAUAUCUGAGAUGGUGGUGUUUAAAUGUUGUGCCCCAAGAUGCAGAGGAAAUUAUAAAAAUGGUCCAUGUGUUUCAAUGUUCAAAUUUCCCUCCAAUUCUGAUAUUAGGAGAAAAUGGAUUCAUGCAUUAGCAAGAGAUUUCAAUCCAACUGCAAAUACUUGUGUUUGUGAAUUGCACUUUGCUGAUGAAGACAUUAUUAAACAUUCUGAAUAUUAUGAUGGAAAGUCUGGAUCACUGUUAAAGGUUCCAUUUAAGUAUCCUAAACUUAAAGAUGGUGCCAUUCCAACAUUACUUCCAGAUUAUCCUUCCUAUUUAUCAUCUCACAUUACUGUAAGAGAAGGGUCAGAAGAAAAAAGAAAUUGUCUUGAAAUGGAAAAUAUUCAGAAAGCUAUGAGAUAGCAUAAAAAGCCAAUCUGAAUAUGAUGGAGGGAAAAAAGAAAUGCUUAGUAAACAUUUCUGAUACUUGGCAUGAUUAUAUUGAUAAAAUUGUUUUUGCAUAUUUACAGACAGGUCCAAUAACAAAAUCUGUUAUAAUCAAUAAAAAUUUAUUGGUAAAAUUUCUUUAAAAAAGUUAGAAUAUCAUUUACAUGUUGGGGAAAAUUAAAGUUAUUAACUUUUUCUGUAUUUCAAGAAUAAUAAUAAUAUGUCAAUUAUCCAAAUAGUGAAAACAAUUCAAUAGAACUUGUUGAAAUAAUUUACGAUUUAUUAAAACAGCUUCAGAGCAACAUGAUAAUGAGCAUCAAUAAU